CUGCCUCCUCCACCCCCCCCCCACCCCGCCCCGCCUGCGGGAGGGCGGACAGUGGGGGUCGCUGGGCAGGAAGCCCCCCCGCCCCCACUCCGCGCGCGCGCCCCGGGGGGGGGGCCCGGAGCGAGAGGGGCUUUUGGACGCCGAGAUGGCCGAUGAGAUUGACUGGCUGGACUUGCCCGGCCGGUGGACCUACGGAGUGGACCGCGGUGGGAGAGUCUUCUUCAUCAAUGACGAGGAAAAGUCAACCAGCUGGGUGCACCCUGGCACGGAAUACCCCAUCCAGAGUGGACACUCCUCCAGCCCAGGAUUGCCCAAGGGCUGGGAGAUGGAUUCUACCCAGGAAGGAGCUGUGUAUUUCAUUAACCACAAUGAAAGACGGAACACAUUUCUACACCCAGUGACUGGCCAGGUCCCAGAAGAAAACAAAAAAUUUAACUUGAAAACAUCGGCCUUGGACAUGUCCAAUAAAGCAGGUGGAAAACGCCCGGCUAUCACCAACAGUGACGUAUCCAAGCACAACAUGGUGUCCGAGGUCCCCCCCGAGCGGCCCAGCGUCCGGGCCACCCGAACGUCCCGCAAGGCCAUCGCCUUUGGGAAGCGCUCACACUCCAUGAAGCGUAAUCUCUCUGCUCCCGUCACCAAGGCAGGCUGGCUCUUCAAACAGGCCAGCUCCGGGGUUAAGCAGUGGAACAAGCGCUGGUUUGUCCUGGUGGAUCGCUGCCUCUUCUACUAUAAAGAUGAGAAGGAGGAGAGCAUCCUGGGUAGCAUCCCCCUCCUGAGCUUCCGGGUGGCCGCCGUGCAGCCGUCGGACAACAUCAGCCGAAAACACACAUUUAAGGUGACUACGUGCUGGGUGGAUGAGGCCGGGGCUGGUCCCACGCACUGCCUCUCCCCACAGGCUGAGCACGCCGGGGUCCGCACCUACUUCUUCAGCGCUGAGAGCUCCGAGGAGCAGGAGGCCUGGAUCCAGGCCAUGGGGGAGGCUGCCCGGGUGCAGAUCCCCCCAGCCCAGAAGUCGGUGCCCCAAGCUGUGCGUCACAGCCACGAGAAGCCAGACUCCGAGAACAUCCCACCUAGCAAACACCACCACCAGCCAUCCCACAACAGCCUCCCCAAGCCGGAGCCCGAGGCCAAGACUCGAGGGGAGGGUGAUGGCCGGGGCUGUGAGAAAGCCGAGAGGAAGCCCGAGAGGCCCGAAGUCAAGAGCGAGCCUCUGGUGAAAGCCAAUGGCAUCCAAGCCGGACCAGAACCAGCCUCAGAGCCUGGCAGCCCUUACCCCGAGGGCCCGAGGGUCCCAGGGGGAGGAGACCGGUCUGCCCAGCCCAACGGCUGGCAGUAUAGCUCCCCGAGCCGGCCCGGGAGCACAGCUUUCCCGCCGCAGGACUCAGAGAGCGGGGGACACCAGCGGAGCUUCCCCCCACGGACCGACCCCGACAAAAUCGCCCAGCGCAAGAGCUCCAUGAACCAGCUUCAGCAGUGGGUGAACCUGCGCCGAGGGGUGCCCCCGCCUGACGACCUUAGGAGUCCCUCUAGGUUCUACCCCGUGUCCCGCAGGGUCCCUGAGUAUUACAGCCCCUACUCCACCCAGUACCCCGAAGAUUACCAGUACUACCCACCAGGGGUGCGGCCGGACAGCAUCUGUUCCAUGCCGGCCUAUGAUCGGAUCAGCCCACCCUGGGCUCUGGAGGACAAGCGCCACUCCUUCCGCAACGGAGGUGGCCCUGCCUUCCAGCUGCGGGAGUGGAAGGAGCCCCCAGGCUACGGGCGGCAGGAUGGCACCGUCUGGCUCCCCGGCCCCUCCCCCUCCCGGCAGCCCAUCUAUUACGACGAGCUGGACGCCGCCUCCAGCUCCCUGCGCCGCCUGUCCUUGCAGCCCCGCUCCCACUCUGUGCCCCGCUCGCCCAGCCAGGGCUCCUACAGCCGUGCCCGCAUUUACUCCCCCGUCCGCUCACCCAGUGCCCGCUUUGAGCGUCUGCCACCUCGCAGCGAGGACAUCUAUGCCGACCCUGCUGCCUACGUGAUGAGGCGAUCCAUCAGCUCGCCCAAGUAUGAUUACCUGGGAGACAGGCGGCCAGUCCCUGCAGGACUGUUCCCCUACAACUACCCACCAUCCCCCACGGUCCACGAUAAGAUGGAUGAACUUUUAGACCUUCAGUUGCAAAGAAACCUAGAGUAUUUGGAUCAGCAGAUGAGUGAGAGCGAGACUCUCAUCAGUAUGGUGAAUCGCAUGGUGGAGAACUCCUCCCCCAGGGCCCAGAUCUUCAUGCAAGUCCCUCCGUACCCAGAAGUGUUCCGGGACGGUCUCCACACCUACAAGUUAAACGAGCAAGACACAGAUAAGCUGCUGGGCAAAUUGUGCGAGCAGAACAAGGUGGUGAGGGAGCAGGACCGACUGGUGCAGCAGCUCCGAGCUGAGAAGGAGAGCCUGGAAAGUGCCUUGAUGGGGACCCACCAGGAGCUGGAGAUGUUUGGGAACCAGCCUGCCUACCCCGAGAAGCUGCUGCACAAGAAAGAGUCCCUACAGAACCAGCUCAUCAACAUCCGGGUGGAGCUGUCCCAGGCCACCACGGCCCUGACGAACAGCACCGUAGAGUAUGAGAGCCUUGAGUCAGAGGUGUCCGCCCUGCACGAUGACCUCUGGGAACAGCUCAAUUUGGACGUGCAGAAUGAGGUGGUCAACCGGCAAAUCCAGAAGGAGAUCUGGAGGAUCCAGGAUGUGAUGGAGGGGCUGAGGAAGAAUAACCCAUCCCGGGGCACCGACACGGCCAAGCACAGAGGAGGCCUCGGCCCCACGGCCACCUACAGCUCCAACAGCCCCGCCAGCCCUCUCAGCUCCGCCAGUCUCACCAGCCCCCUAAGCCCCUUUUCACUGGUGUCCGGCUCCCAGGGGUCCCCCACCAAGCCCGGGUCCAGCGAGGAGCCCGGCCCACCGCGGCCCCCCCUCCCCAAAGCCUACGUCCCCCUGGAGUCUCCUCCAAACGUGCCACCACUCCCUAGCGAGAGCCGCUUCUGGCCAUACCCCAGCUCCCCUGCCUGGCACCGCAGUGGCGAGCCAGCCAGGGGUCAGCUCAAGGCAAGCCAUGAGCAGAACAAGAAAGACCCCCACCAGACCUCACCCCUGGACACCGCUAGAGACAUCAACCUUGUGCCCACCAGGCAAGAGGUGGAGGCAGAGAAGCAGGCAGCUCUCAACAAAGUUGGCAUUGUGCCUCCUCGGACAAAGUCGCCCGCCGAUGAAGAGCUAACGCCGUUAAGGGUGGUGAGAAGGAGUGCCGACGGGCUCACCAAUGGACUGUCCUCCCGGCAGGAGCGCCCCAAGAGUGCCGUGUUCCCCACUGAGGGCAAGGUCAAGAUGAGUGUGGAGGAGCAGAUUGACCGCAUGCGGAGGCAUCAGAGCGGCUCUAUGAGGGAGAAGCGGAGGAGCCUGCAGCUCCCGGCCAGCCCGGCCAGCCCAGCCAGCCCGGCCCCCAACCCCGCUGCCCGGCCCGCUUACAAAGUGGUGCGCCGUCACCGUAGCAUCCACGAGGUGGACAUCUCCAACCUGGAGGCAGCCCUGCGGGCGGAAGAGCCUGGUGGGCAGGCCUACGAGACGCCGAGGGAGGAAAUUGCCCGGCUUCGCAAAAUGGAGCUGGAGCCCCAGCACUACGAUGUGGACAUUAAUAAGGAGCUCUCCACACCAGACAAAGUCCUCAUCCCUGAACGGUACAUUGACCUGGAGCCUGAUACUCCCCUGAGCCCCGAGGAGUUGAAGGAGAAGCAGAAGAAGGUGGAGAGGAUCAAGACGCUCAUUGCCAAGUCCAGUAUGCAGAACGUGGUGCCCAUCGGCGAGGGGGACCUUGUGGACGUGCCCCAGGACUCAGAGAGCCAGCUGCAGGAGCAGGAGAAGCGGAUUGAAAUCUCCUGUGCCCUGGCGACCGAGGCCUCCCGCAGGGGCCGCAUGCUGUCUGUGCAAUGUGCCACCCCAAGCCCUCCCACCUCCCCUGCUUCCCCGACUCCACCAGCCAACCCCCUAUCGUCUGAAUCCCCACGGGGCGCCGACAGCAGCCAUACCAUGCGGGUCUGAGCUCUGACUGCAAGCUCUGGCCGAGGCCAACGCCAUGAAGCCCCACAGAGCCACGUUCUGAAGGCCUCCUCUGCCCCCGGAGGUCCCGGUUCCCCCACCCUGGCCCCCUGCCCCUGCGCUCCCGUGGGGGUGCUGCAGGGAGCCAGGCUGGGGCCCGGGGUUGCUGCCAAGAUGUGACCUCAGUGUCCACACGCCCACUACGCCCAGCCACACGCCCACCACCACCACAUGGUGGCCUUAGGCCGGGGCCCGAGAUGCUGGGCAGACAGCACCUCCUGGCUGGCACCCGAGUCCUGAGGGGCUAGGCCUGGCCCUGGCUGGUGGGGUGACAGCUUUACUGGAACAUUUCCUGAGGAAGAGGAUGCCCUGGUGGGGAAGACGCUCUGGGCUCUCUAGGGGAGCACUAGGGUGAGGAGAAGAUGGAUGCUUUUGCCUCUUCCGGCCCCUCCUGACGCCGAGGACGGUACCUGCCAUCUGGUCCUUCCCCGCCGCCCCACCCUGCUGCCCCAACUGCACCCGGGACUCGGACACGUCUCUGCUGAUGGGUGCUCCCUGGGGGUCCAGUGGAGACUGACCACGCUGCUCGAGCCAAAGACAAGAUGACAAGAGCUGGGGAGAGGCUUCUUGGCUCCCAGAGGGCACAGUGCUGGCUAUGGGUAGAGAGCGGCACGCAGGUCUGUGCAGUGUCUGCGGACAGGUUGAGAAGGGGAAGGAGAGAGAGAGGGAGAGAUGGAGGCAAGUGGGAGGACAGGGAAGCGGCAGGACUCAUUUGCAAAUAAGAGGGUGAGGCGGAGGUGGAAAGGGGUGUGGGAUGGAUGGGUUUCCCCAGGAUGGAGCCUUAGCUUAGUGCCAAGUACAGAGCCAGCCUGUCAGCCCUGCUCCUGCCCCUUGUCCCCCAGAUCCAUGGGCCUGUGCAUCACUGGCCCCUGGAGGACUGACCGGCGAGCACGUGGUGACCUUCAGCUGCAGCCGUGGGGACGAAGGCGGAGGGAUGUGGUAUGGGUGUGCGGGUAGGAAGAUGGCCCUUUCUGGAUCUAGGCCCAGUGUCUGCCUCCCCUUCCGUAGCUCAGGGGCAGAGAGAAGGACCUCUGUCACGUAAGGUGUCAUCAGCCUUGGGGUCUUUCCUAACCAUGUUCAGGACGUUUGCUUGCACCCCUUCCCCGGGAAUGCGCUGGGGGUCAGCUGGGAGAGUGCCCCGGAAAGGAAAUGCAGCCUUAAUCUGGGGGGCUAGGUUCUAGGGCCCCACGCCGCGUCCCAGGCAUCCCCAAGGAGGACCAGGUGAGGCUCUGCGGAAGGGCUGCCUUCUGGUCUGGCUGUCUCACCGUCCGCCUACCCGGGGAGGCCAGCGGAGGAGACGCAGAAGCAAAGCUCACGUUUUCUUCCUGGCCCCUCAUCUGGGGAGGAUGGUAGCCAGGGAGGAGGGAAGGGAGAGAGUGAUUCUGGAAAAACCUGGGCCCCUGGGCAUUCUCUUUGCCAGAGUUGCUGCCCGGAGACUUCAGCCUCCAGUGGCCCCCAAGAACAAUGACUUUACCUGCCACCAUGUCUUCUCCACUCCUUCACAGCGAGGGGCCAGUGACUGGUUCAUUUGCAAGUAAAGAUGGCAACUCAUUCAACAAAUAUUUAUCAAGCACCUUUAUGUACUAAGCACUGUUCUAGGUGCUUAGGAUACUGUCGUGCUUCUGAGGGAUUGCAGGCUGGGGAAUUCCAUUUCCCUUUUAGCAGAUUUUUUGAACAUGAACCUUGGCUAUGUUUCCCAUUUAGAACCGCUCAAGCACCCCACACCUGUUUUUUCCUCCCGCACAGACCAGCAGGUGGGAUUGGCGCACUCUCUCUUUCCAACACCUUUCUCCAUCCACAAGAAAUAGCCUUUCGGGGCCUCCAUGCCUUUCCCUUUCUUUGUCCUUUUUUUUUUUUUUUUAAGUGAUAUUUUUAGAAAUACAUGUGAAAUACCAAGGAUCAAGGUCUGCACCUUUGCCACCUUUCUCUCACCUCUUAUUUCAUAAAGCUGGGUCUUUAUGUUGCUUUACAUGCCUUAAUAUAUGUUUUAUGAAGAUUAUACAUAUUAUAGAUCUAUACAUAAUAUAUAUAUUUGUUUGGGCGUCUGAUCCUUUCCCAGAACUCCUGCCCGGGCCCAUUUUCCCUCCUUGACAUCCCAUACCACUCCCAAGCCUGUGUCAGCCACACCCCAUGCCUUUUGAUCCAAAGAAGGGGAGAGGACGGGCUUAUUUUAAGACAGAUCUAUUUUAUGCUUUUGUUAUAAAAGCAAAUCUAUUUUCAAAAUGUGCAAUGUCUGAAUGGAAUCAGCAAAUGAUACGAGGAGAUUGGGCAGCUGCCUCUAGGUCCAACCCCCCCCCCCCCCGAGCUUCCUUCUCCCAUCCCCUAGUCUGCAAAGGGCUGGUCCCCAGAGCUCACCCAGAGAGCAUCUUAAGAGGACAGGAUACUCUCUUGGACGUCCUGGUCUAAGGAUUUGAUUACACUGUCAACCCUCGACGACCCUCUAGGGUUACGGGAUAUGAAUCCUCUCAAAGGAAAUGUUUACAGCUGUGUGCACAAAAGUACACCCUUGCGGGCACCCACCCCCACCCCAGUGUGCUCCAGGACCACCUCCCGUCACCAGUCUGCUGGAAAGGGCAGACAGAAUGGCAGCCUAUCCCAAACGCCACCAAGAAUUUAACUCCUCGACGGAGCCAGGAUACAGUGCGCGCGAAUGCCAAAGGAGACGGCUCGGGCUCACAGGUCCUUCAGCACAGACACAUGCAAGUUCCUUGGACUUCUCACACUCCUUGAUCCUUUUCUGGUCUGGGUCACAUCUGCGACAUCUGUCUCCCUCUGUGACCUUUCCUCUGGGGGGCUGUUGCUAACUAAGGGGGACGGUAGCUCCGUCUGGCAUCCAGACUGCAGAGUCAGCUUCUGGGCUGAAGCCAGUCCCACGGACAAGGGGGCAUCUCAGCCUUGCCCAAGAACCCCCCAGGACCGUCCUCUGGUGGACUGCCACCGGGGUGCUGAACUCUGCCAGCUCAGCCUUCCGAACUGCUUAGUGGCUGACAAAAUAGGCAGGGGGCUCUUGCCUUGCAAGGAUUUGGGCAGAAUGGAAGUCUUUUGUCUAGAUCUGGAAUCAAGGGUUUGGGACCGUCACAGAGCUCCCAGCCAGCAUCUGAAGCUUGACCUCCCAAGCCUGGCACCCUCGUGCCACCCUAGAGCAUGUUGUUAUGAAAGAACGGGGCCCAGAUGGAGGCCCGGUGCGAAGGGAACCACGGGGGGGAUGGCCCUGGUUGCUACUCUGGGGCCUUGCCAAUUAGCACAUUACCUCCCUGAUCAAUAACCAAGAGGCUGUAAUCAAAUACUGCUACUGUCACUUUAAAGCUUUUCUGAGGUCGCAAACUGUGCACACUUGCUCUCCUGCCUUGGUGAGAGGCAUGUUCUUGGGGCAGGCUGACUAUAGCAAGACGGAAUCGAUUCCCUUCCCCUUUAGGCACCCCUUACCUGGCAGCUCUUAAAACUAAGGAAAAUACGAAAUAUACAUAUAUAUACAUAUAUCUAUUUAUGCACAUACAGGGGCCAAUUUGAUCUGCUAGUAUUAGACAAUAAACCAUACAAGGAAAUGUAUGAUCUCAGUGUCUUUAUUUAGUAUAAAAGUGACCUUAGAAGAAAAGUUAAGGUUAGCCAAACAGAGGACAUCUCUGUUGGGGACCAAACAUCUGUAGUGGCCCCAUAGCAUCUUUCUAGCCAACGAGCCCCUCCCCGGGGAGGAGCAUCCUGACUGACAGGUGAGCGCCUGUGUCCCCGCUCCCCAGCAUUCUUUUUAGAUAUAGGUACUAAAGAAUCCCGGUGAGCUCUGCAUUUGUAUCUUGCAAGUUUGUAUAAACCCAAUACAGGAAAUAAAAUGAAUGGUUUGUACAA